UCGGAAGUUGGAUUGUGUACUGCGCCGUGGGCUCCACUGCAGGGAGCUUUGGGGAGAGCAUGGGCGAGCUCUGCGGCCGAACCGUGGUGAGCGAAGGGCUGCUGUCCCCAGGCGGGGAGGAGUGGCCGGCCAUGAAUGCAGUGACCUAUGAUGAUGUGCAUGUUGACUUCACUCGGGAAGAGUGGGCUUUGCUGGAUCCUUCCCAGAAGAGGCUCUAUAAAGAUGUGAUGCUGGAGACCUACAGGAACCUCACUGUGAUAGGCUACAAUUGGGAAGACCAUAAUAUUGAAGAACAUUGUCAAAGUUCUAGAAGACAUGGAAGGCAUGAAAGAAGUCAUACUGGAGAGAAACCCUCUGAAUAUACUCAAUGUGCUAAAGCCCUUACAUAUCACACUCAUCUUCAAAGACAUGAAAGAAUUCAUACUGGAAAGAAACUCUAUGAAUGUAAUCAGUGCAGUAAAUCCUUUGCAUGUCACAAUGGUCUUCAAAAUCAUGAAAAAAAUUAUAAUGAAGAGAAACCCUAUGAAUGUAAGCAAUGUGGCAAAGCCUUCACAUGUCAGAGUAGUCUCCUAAGACAUAAAAUAACACAUACUGGAGAGAAACCCUAUGAAUGUAAGCAAUGUGGUAAGGCCUUUGCAUAUCGUAGUUAUCUCCAAAUACAUAAAAGAACACAUACUGGAGAAAAACCCUACAAAUGUAAUGAGUGUGGAAAAGCCUUUUCAUGUCAUGCUCAUCUUCGAAAACAUAAAAGAACACAUACUGGAGAGAAACCUUAUAAAUGUAAUGAAUGUGGUAAAGCUUUUGCACAAAACUGUAAUCUCCAAAUACAUAAAAGAACACAUACUGGAGAUAAACCCUACAGAUGUAAUGAAUGUGGUAAAGUCUUUGCACGUCAUGGUCAUCUUCAGAUACAUAAAAUAUCACAUACUGGAGAGAAACCCUACAAAUGUAAUGAAUGUGGCAAAGACUUUGCACGUCAUGGUGAUCUUCAAAGUCAUGAAAGAAUUCAUACUGGAGCAAAACCCUACAAAUGUGAUGAAUGUGGUAAAGCCUUUACACGCCACAGUGAUCUUCAAAGUCAUGAAAGAACACAUACUGGAGAGAAACCCUACAAAUGUAAUGAAUGUGGUAAAGUCUUUGCACAUCACAGUUAUCUCCAAAGACAUAAAAGAACACAUACUGGAGAGAAACCCUACAAAUGUAAUGAAUGUGGUAAAGCCUUCGCAUGUCAUGGUUACCUUCAAAUACAUAAAAGAAUACAUACUGGAGAGAAACCUUACAAAUGUAAUCAAUGCGGUAAAGACUUUGUAGAUCACACUCAUCUUCGAAUACAUAAAAGAACACAUAGUGGAGAGAAACCCUACACAUGUAAUGAAUGUGGUAAAGCCUUUGUACGUCAUAGUUAUCUCCAAAUACAUAAAAGAACACAUAUUGGAGAGAAACCCUUCAAAUGUAAUCAGUGUGGUAAAGCCUAUAUAUGUUAUAGUCAUCUUCAAAUACAUAAAAGAACACAUACUGGAGAAAAACCGUACAAAUGUAUUCAAUGCGGCAAAGCCUUUGCACAUCAUAGUCAUCUUCGAAAACAUAAAAGAACACAUACUGGAGAGAAACCCUACAGAUGUAAUGAAUGUGGUAAAGCCUUUUCACAAAAUUGUAAUCUCCAGAUACACAAAAGAACACAUACUGGAGAGAAACCCUACAGAUGUCAUGAAUGUGGUAAAGCCUUUUCACGUCAUGGUCAUCUUCAGAUACAUAAAAGAACACAUACUGGAGAGAAGCCUUACAAAUGUAAUGAAUGUGGCAAAGACUUUGCACGUCAUGGUGAUCUUCAAAGUCAUGAAAGAAUUCAUACUGGAGAGAAACCCUACAAAUGUAGUGAAUGUGGUAAAGCCUUUACACGUCACAAUGACCUUCAAAGUCAUGAAAGAACACAUACUGGAGAGAAACCUUACAAAUGUAAUGAAUGCAGUAAAGUCUUUGCACAUCACAGUUAUCUCCAAAUACAUAAAAGAACACAUACUGGAGAGAAACCCUACAAAUGUAAUGAAUGUGGCAAAGCCUUUGCCCGUUGCAGUAAACUUAAAAUACAUGAAAGUACACAUACUAGAGAGAAACCCUAUGAAUGUAAUAAAUGUGGUAAAGCCUUUGCACUUCCCAGUUAUCUACAAAGACAUAAAAGAACACAUAGUGGAGAGAAACCCUACACAUGUAAUGAAUGUGGUAAAGCCUUUGUACAUCACAGUUAUCUCCAAAUACAUAAAAGAAUACAUACUGGAGAGAAACCCUAUGAAUGUAAUCAAUGUGGUAAAGCCUUUUUACGUCAUAGUCAUCUUCAAACACAUAAAAGAACACAUACUGGAGAGAAACCCUAUGAAUGUAAUCAAUGUGGCAAAGCCUUUGCAGAUAGCAGUCAUCUUCGAAUACAUAAAAGAACACAUACUAGAGAGAAAUCCUAUGAAUGUAAGCAAUGUGGUUAAGCUUUUAUAUGUAGCAGUAUUUGAAAUCAUGAGAAAAAAAUCAUACCGGAGAGAAACACUAUAAAUGUAGUCAGUGUGGAAAAAUUUUGCACUUCAUGGUAGUCUUUAGACAAGAGUAAAACAUUUAGUGUGUAAUCAAUCUGUUAAAGCCUUUGCACAUCAUAUUAGUUUCUGAGAACCUGAAAGAACUCCUAACAAAGCAGAUCUGACUAUAAAGUAUUUGAUAAGAUCCUUAGCCAACACAGUCAGUUAUACAAGAUUAUUUAUUCCAGAGAAAAAGACCUGACAAGGGUCAAAAUCUGUUCAAGCAUUAUGAUGUACAUCUUUAUUUUACUUGCACCUGUGAACUCAUGUGAACAAAAUCCCUAUGAAUUUAAACUAUGAGGUAGCCCUUUUAGAUUUCACUUUUUUCUUCAAUUACAUGAAAGAAUUCGUCUGGUGUAAAACUUCAUCAGUAGUGCCUUUUCUGUUGCUGUGAUAAAAUGUAAUGUCUAAGGCAGCUUAUAAAAUAGUUUAAUUUGGCUUAUGGUUCCAAAGGGAUAUAGUAUCACAAUGAAAAUGGCAUGGCAACAAGCAUCAGACAUGGUAGGUAAAGCAGGAAGUUCAGAGCUCACCUCCUGAAUCUGCAGCAUGAUGCAGAGAGAAGGAGCUGGAAAGGGUAUGUGGAUGUAAACUCUCAAGCCAACUUCCAGUGACAUAUUUCCUCCAACAGGAUAGAAUUUCUUAAAUCAUCCCAAUGAUACCACCAACUGAGAAGGAUUGAUUUCUCUGACUUUAAGCCUACAUGCUUGUAUUCUGUUCCUUGAACAAAUUCAUGAUGCAGAAAAACUCCAUAGGUAAGCCUUUAGAUACCUAAACAUCUGGGUAACAGGAAUGAAUGCUUACAUGAGAAAAACAUCCAUGAGUGAAAUUUUGUUCAGUGAUUUAUGUCUUUGUGUGGGUAUGUGCAUGUGCAUGUGCAUGCUGGUCCCCAAGAUGGUUAGACCCUGUAAUCUUCUUGUAGUAGCAAUUAUAGGAAAUUGUCAAAAUUCUGGCCUUGGUCCUGGGAAUGAACCUGUCUUAACUGCUCUACUAUGUCUCUAGCUCUGUAAGUAUUUUAAAGCCUUUUUCUUUGAUGUUAGGAAUAGGAAGCAACUCAUACACAAGAAAAACCAUAUUCAUGUAAAUGAUUUGGUAAAGACUUUAGAAAUCACAAUUGCCUUCACUUUCAAGAAAAAAGUUUCAUCUCUUUUUUCAUCAUAACCUUGAAGGCAGUGAAUUAUUUACCAUGUUCACUCAAGUGUAAUGGUAGAGAUCACCAAUUGUGGUUUGUACUUUGAAAUAUUAGGAAUAUGUAUUGAACUGUACUGUAUGUGUGGCAAACCCAUUUACUGAAGUUUAUUUGGUGGUUCACAUUUUCCUUCUGUGGCUUCUGUUCAUCUUCUAGUGUGCUUUCACCUGGUGAUAGGUAUUUUUCUGUUGUAAUGUAUAGAACGGGAUGCCCAUCAUCUAAAUGGUCCAUCAUUUAAUUGAAUAUCAGGCAGUGUGUGAUCAUACUUUUCAAGUAAGGGAAUAUGUGAAAUGGUGGUCAGUUGUUUUUCCUGGUUUUGCUUUUCAUAUAUUCACAAAUUCCCUUGACAUGUUGUUUUUACCCAGCCUGGUUUGUAUGUCAGUAAAUAGUCAAAGCUACAUUUGACCUCUUGAUUCUCUUGUGUUAUCCUCCUAAGUCCAAGUCUAAGACUAGAAGAUAUACCCCCAACAUAUCAAGUUUUGUGAACACAUUUUAAUAAUGUUAAUGUUAAAAUGCCUAGUAGAAGUAACUAUAAGAAACAUUAAAUACCUCCUGUGUGUAUCCAAAGCAGCAUUUUCAUCUCUCUGGUAGAGAUGUAAUAAAGUAGGAUAAUCAGCAAUCAACUGUAUAUCUCAUAAAUACUUUAAUGGUUUGGUGGUUUGAAAGAAAAUGGCCCCCAAAGGGAGUGUCACUAUUAGGAAGUAUGACCUUGUUGCAGUUGGUGUGGUUUUGUUAGAGAAAGUGUGUCACUGUGGAGGUAGGCUUUGAUGUCUCAUAUAUGCUCAUAAAAACUGACCACUUCCUAUUGCCUUUGGAUCAAGAUGUAAGGACUCUCAGCUCAGCCCCAUGUUUGCCUGCAUGCUGCUUUGCUUGCCACCAUGAGUAUAAAAGAGUAAACCUCCGAACUGUAAGUGAGUCACCCCAUUAAAUGUUUUUGUUAUAAGGGU